AUGGGAAACACGGGAAGCAACUGCAUCAACAGAACGAGAAUCGACGUUAGAGGGCCCGGCACGACAGACGCAGUGGUUGUUGCAGUCUACGAUGAAAGCUCAUGUUCGGGGACGCCGGUGAAGCUCACAUUUACGCGUGGGUUCGACUGUAUUGGCGGGUUUCAGGAUCCCGCGAAGUCGGAGUGUGGCCGUGACGGCUCGUCACUCUACUCUGUUUCGAGCUGCACGAGUGACGACUACGAUACUUACACGAUGAACACAUUUGGCAACUUCACGCAGUAUUUAAUCAUGCGAGAAUGGGACAGCUCUGACUGCAAAGGGUAUUCGAACGUGACGGUAUACACUGCAGACGGCUCCUGUCACUCGAAUACGGACGAUGCGACAAGCUUCAAAGUCAUGCUCACCGCUGAGAGCACGGCAGAGAUCACUACGUACAGUGACCAGUACUGUGGCACUAUGGAUUCCAGCACGACAACUGUCGUGUCAAACGAUCUGUCUUGCGUGACCUCUGGAACACCAACUUGCACGAAAGUAUUUGCGGGAGGUACUACACUCUACGAAUACCGUGAGUGCAUCGGCAAAGCUGUGACCCACGCUAACUCAGUAUUCGACGGAGUGCCGUAUCUGGUUAUGGAGAACUAUAUCGAUGGAACAAACUGCGUGGUGAAGAGAGGGGCUGUUGUUUACAAAGCGGACGGAAAAUCCCACCCAAGUUUCACCGACGAUACAUACUUCAAGAUCUCCCCCAGCUUUGGCAACUCGCUGACUAUUGCAACCUACCCGACCUCUUCUUGCAGCGACUUUGACGCGGACUACACCACAGUUGGAACGAAGUACAUCAACACCGACGAGUGCUUUGAUGGCAACACGAAGCUGUACGCCAACAUGACGGCGCUCUCGUUUCCUUCUAAACCAAUUACGGUGGAUGUGGACGCCAUGACCCGCGAGCAGAUCAUGUUUCCAGACUGGCUGUGGGAGCCGCAACCACGUCGGAUAUUCGAAAGCGAUUAA